UUCCAGAUAACUUUCUGUGCUGUGGCAUCCCUGGCGGUAGCUCUUCCUCAGAGAAGAGCACCGUCGAAGCCGGAGCAGGCACAGUCGUUCGACGAUCAGCAAGCUGCCGAACAGAACUACAACAACUACCCCCAAGACUACAGGCAGCAGCAACAACAGCAGCCGCAGGAGUUCAGACAGGCCAAGCAGAUCGACGACUUCAGACCUAAAGUGCAGCUGGAAACUACCACCUAUAUUCCCAUCAUUCGUUUUGAUAAGGAACAAGGCACCGACGGAAGCUACAAGACUUCGUACGAAACCGGCAACCACAUCCAAGCUGAAGAGUCCGGUUUCCUGAAGUCCCUCGGCGACGACCAGAACGCGCUGGUCCAGCACGGCUCCUACAGCUACACCGCCCCCAACGGAGAGGUCAUCACGGUCGAGUACACCGCUGACGAGUUCGGCUUCAGGGUCAAGGGAGACCACAUCCCCACCCCACCCCCAGUGUCCCCUGAGAUCCAGAAGGGAUUGGACCUCAUCUACGCCGGAAUUAAGGCUAAUGCGGAGCGUGACGCGAUAGAGGCCAAAAACAAUCCUGAGGCCGCCAGACAACAGCAAGAUAGGGCAGCCCUUGACUACAAGGGACAAUACUACCAGCAGUAAACUCUAGUGUAAGGACGUAAGGACUAACCGUACUCCGUACCUGUGAAGUGAGGGGCUAUGACGUCAGACACUACGAAACUUAAAACCAUAGAUACUCAUUAUUUUUAAUAAAUAAAAUAGUUACCGAUCUUUACGGUAGUUUAAAAUGAUGUGGAAUAUAUCCGACAAUGGCCCUAUUUUUGACUGAUUGAUAAGCCACUGCCAUUCCAAUCUGUCCAAAUCCGACCAUGCCAU